CUGCCGGAGUUCUUCCAUCAGUGCCGGGACCAUGGCAUGGCCAUGCUUCAUGGUUCACCCUGUCAGUAAGGACUCUGUUCUUUCACCAGGCCACUCUCCAACUUUUCACAACCAGUUCCGUCUCCCUGGAGAUGCAGACUUUCUCCGACUGAGGAGAAUCAGGAGAUGAACGGGGCCCCUUCUGUCCCCUCUCGCAUUUCACUCCCCCUGGGGCUUUGAUGGGCCUCUUCCGACCACGGAUCCUAGUCACAGAGCUAGUAUUCUGGUCUGCCCCACUAUGAGAAACCUAACUCGACCAAGUAUGGGUUCCCGUUGAUCAUGAGACCUUGGGUGCCCGUUCGACAGAAAUAUAUAUAUUUGUCUGAGACCCAGAAGAGUUCUUCUGUUCGCAACACCUCGUUUUGGUACCUUUUCUCCACCCCAUUGUUGACGCUCUUCGCUAUAAUUCAACAUGGCAGACGACAAGGUUUCAAGUGACAAUCCUAUCAGCUCAACUGAGCACAGUGAAGUAGGUGUGCCCGUCAAGGACGUCGACGAGAAAAAUAUUGCUGCCCCAGCUCCUCGACCAGAAGCAUCUCGAGGACUAUCCGAAUGGGAAGCCAUUCAGAUUGCCGCUGCCGGCGACCAUGACACAAUCGACCGUGAGAUUGGAGAGAUCGAAGCCAGUCUGCAGGCCAUGAACAUCAGAUCCACAUGGUACAAGCCUCAAUUGAGGUUGAAUGACCCGAGAUAUUUCACAUGGCUUCUUGUUGGAUUUGCUUCCAUGGGUGGUCUUCUCUCUGGAGUUGAUCAAUCUUUGAUCAGUGGUGCGAAUUUGUAUAUGCCUACCUCUCUACACCUCAACACAAAGCAAGUCAGUCUUGUCAGCUCAGGCGUCCCUCUCGGUGCUGUGGGUGGUGCUCUAAUGCUCGGCCCCCUAAAUGAAGCCGUCGGUCGUCGAAUGGCAAUUAUUGUCUCUCUCGUUCUUUACACAAUCGGAGCUGCUCUCGAGGCAGGCGCUGUCGAUUUCGGAAUGAUGGUUGCAGGUCGUGUUAUACUUGGUCUUGGUGUCGGUCUCGAAGGAGGAACUGUUCCUGUCUAUGUCGCAGAAUCAGUCUCGAGGAAAUACCGUGGAAACUUAGUGUCAUUGUACCAAUUCAUGAUUGCGCUUGGAGAGGUUUUCGGAUAUGUCAUCGCUGCUAUAUUUGUCAACGUCCACUCUGGAAGUUGGAGGUAUAUGCUUGGAUCAUCCCUCCUUUUCUCCACCGUCAUGUUCGUCGGUAUCAUCUUCAUGCCCGAAUCUCCUCGUUUCCUUAUGCACAAAGGACGAACAAUCGAAGCAUGGCAUGUCUGGAAGCAGAUUCGUGGCGAGGAUGAUGAAGCGAAGAUGGAAUUCUUCGUCAUGAAGCACUCUGUUACGGAAGAAUUCCUUGCGCAGGAGAAGGUUCAAUCGAAGAAACGUUUCGUGUGGUUGGACUUCUUCACCGUACCUCGAGCUCGAAGAUCAAUCAUCUACGCCAAUAUUAUGGUUUUCUUGGGACAGUUCACUGGUAUCAACGCCAUUCAAUACUACAUGGCCACCUUGAUGCAACAGGUUGGCUUUAAUGACAAGCAAGCUGUGUUCAUGUCUCUUGUUGGUGGAGGUUCGUUGCUUCUCGGAACUAUCCCAGCCAUUCUGUACAUGGAGAAAUUCGGACGUCGAUUCUGGGCUUGUGCUAUGCUCCCAGGAUUCUUUAUUGGUCUUUUGAUCAUUGGAUGCUCUUACCUGAUCAAUGCUCAGACCAAUGUCGGAGGAGCUCAAGGCGCAUACAUCACGGGAUUGAUCAUCUACGAAGGAUUCUUCGGCAGCUAUUCUUGCUUGACUUGGGUCAUUCCGUCAGAAGUUUAUCCUACCUACCUUCGAUCUUAUGGCAUGGAGACAUCGGAUGUCACUCUGUUCCUCUGCUCUUUCCUAGUCACCUAUUUCUUCGCCCAGAUGCAAGAAGCCAUGUCCAAGAUCGGAUUGACCUUGGGUUUCUACGGAGGUAUCGCAGUUGUCGGUUGGAUUUACCAGUUGUUGUUCAUGCCAGAGACGAAGAACAAGACACUAGAAGAGAUUGAUAUCAUCUUCAGUCAACCAACAAGUCAGUUGCUGAAAGAGAACCUCAGGAGUGUUAUGGUUACGGCAAAUGAUUUUGUUUGCUUCAGAUGGGGGAAGGUUUUCUCGCCUGUAUCCGAAAGCGAUAUUUUCCGAUCGGACAAUGGUCCAAAGGGUCUGAAUGAGUUGGGAGAGCAUGCUACUCAUGAUGAAGGGUUGUUUGAGAAGCCGGAAAAAGAGUUGUGAGAAAGCGUUGCUGGCGAUAGUCGAUAUAAAGCAAUAUAAACAUUGCUUGCUUAAGCGUACAUGCCGAAUAAUUAUUUUAUGUUAACUAUAAUUCCAAAAGUGUUGCGGAAAGCCCGCAAGCUUUGCGUG